UGAGGAACAGAAGACCCAGGUAGUGCGCUAUAUGGCACAUUCCAACCAAGUGGCAAAUGAGCAUUACCGUAUGAAAACCCUGGAGAAUGCAGUGACCACUGCCAACUUGCUGGCUGCCAUAGGAGGAGACAGCAGCCCUGAUGAAGAGCCUGCCAGGAAAAAGAGGAGAGGGGAGAGCAGCAGCACCAGCACCAGCAGCAGCAGUAAGGAGCAGAGGAGCUUUUCAGAGUUCUUAGAAGAGUUCCCUCUGUCGCUGAAUGGACAGCCUCCUACUAAGGGACAACGCAUUAAGGCUGGUUUUCCAGAAGAUCGUACUUUCUACGAUAAGUGGAGGGCUGCCCAGUUUGGUAUGCGGGAGUCACACCUUUUAUCGCAAUGCUACAGACGGCAACCAACACUGACCAAGGUGGCCAGAAUGAUUGAGAUGGAGGGUUGGACUGCCAAUCAUCCAUUGCCACAACAGAUUUUGGAAAAAUGGCAGCCACCAAAAAAGACAGACAUGGAAACAGACACAGACCUGAUGCAGAGAAUUGAGCGGCAGAAAUGGUCUGGUGUUGCCAUCAGAUACUUUGAUGACAAACAAGGAGAUGGAGUUGUGGCCACCAAAAGUUUCUCAAAGGGCUCAAUAAUAUGUGACUACCAUGGAGAACUUAUCUCUGGCAGUCUGGCCCACCUCAUGAAGCCAGAGUCCAGCUGGCAUUGGACAAGGAGACAACAUGGACUACCAACAGACCUCUUGUCCAAGAUGUUCUGAGGGCCUGGGUUCCACCACCAGAACGAAAGCUGAAAGACACC